AUGUUUGGAAAUAAAUUUGAUGUGAACGGCAAGAUAACUAAAGCCUUACGACACUACCACCCCCCUGACAUCCUUGUUUGUACAGCCGGAGGCACCCCCAACCAGGUCGGCUUUCUCGCCGACAUCCCCCCGGAAGCGCUCACCUCGUGCAUGGAAUCCAAUUACUACACCACAAUAUUCGCCGUCCAAUGUUGCUUAAAGUUAUGGCUCGCUGCCCCGCAGACGCCCACACCUAGACAUAUUAUCCUCGCAUCGUCCACCACGGCUUUCCUCGGGCUACCGGGUUAUAUAGCCUACACACCUACCAAGGUAGCUAUUCGCGCGUUGGCCGAUACCCUUCGCCAAGAACUCCUUCUUUACGGAAAAGAUGCGUUUCGAGUCCAUUGCUGUUUCCCAGGCGCAUUCCUCUCCGAGUCCUUUUCCCAGGGCCAAGAGCACAAACCCGGACUAACAAAGGUCCUUGAGGGAACGAGUAUGCCCCAGGAGGCACUGGAGCGCAAGAUACCCGGUGCCAGAGAGGUGGCGAGGAAGAUUGUCUGGGGCUUGGAGAAGGGGAAGACGUACAUCUCGGUCGACUUUCGGACGGAACUUCUGCUGAAUAAUAUGCGUGGACCAAGUCCACGGUUUUGGACAGUGUGUGAUUUCUUCCUGGGACUGUUGGCGUCCUUAGUGUGGUGGAUAGUCCGGGUCGAUUUUGAUAGGAAGACCACAAGGUAUGGGGCGGCGAGGAAUCCACGAGAUAGCCGGGUUUAA